CCUCUUGUUCCUUCCAUAGUUGUUCUUUCUCUUCCACAUUCAUUAUUAUGACAAAGUUUAAGAAUUCUCAAGUUAUAGUGCUCUUUAUCCUUCUUCUUCUCCUUGUAAUCACACCCUUGUUACCUUCUUCUCUAAGACCCACCUACAUGUACUUCAUAUCCAAUUUCCUCAUCAUAGCACUUGGUGCCGAAGCAGGCCUUCUUACUAUUAUUUUGAGGCCGUUAAACGAAAGAAAACACGUUAAUUUUAUAGCUCAAAAGCCUCUUAUUAUCGUUGAAAAGCUCGAGAAGUUUGUUUGCGUCGCAAAAGUGGAAGAAAAGGCGCGAAAUUGCGCUUCAAUGCCGAGCAUUUUCUUCAUUGGAGGUGAUGAUGGAGAUGAGGAUUAUGAAUAUGAUUAUGAUGAUGAUGAUUUGAAGGCCGAAGAUGAGAUUGGAGGAGUUGAUAAUGGGCAAGAACUGUUUGCAAAAGCUGAAGCAUUUAUUGGGAACUUCUACAAGCAAUUGAAGAUGCAAAGAGAAGAGUCUUGGAUUCAUCACAAGGCCUAUUAGGAUUUGCAUUAUUGCUUUCAUUAAAUUACAAGUUGUAUGUUUAAUUUUUAUUUUUUACUUUUAUGGGGUUUGUAGUAUAGAUGUUAUAAUAGAGAUUUUAAAUUUUUUGACUUUGAUGAUGAAGGUCAGGUGUAUUUACUAGGCAUUGUUAUAAUUAAA